GCCAGUUUCCGGGACUAUACCCGCCCCUGCCAGUAGCCACCCCCUGUAUAAAAGCAAUCAGCCCCAGCGAAGGAUGGACGGCGGGCGGAUCGACAGUUAUUAUAGUCGGAGAUAACUUCUUUGAUGGACUACAAGUCGUUUUCGGCACGAUGCUCGUUUGGAGCGAGCUAAUAACACCUCAUGCGAUACGAGUUCAAACACCACCAAGACAUAUACCGGGCGUAGUAGAAGUUACGUUAUCAUACAAGUCCAAACAAUUUUGUAAAGGAGCACCAGGGCGAUUUGUUUAUGUUUCCUUGAAUGAACCCACGAUAGACUACGGUUUCCAGAGGCUACAAAAGCUAAUACCGAGGCAUCCGGGGGAUCCCGACAAACUACCAAAGGAAAUAAUACUCAAAAGGGCAGCAGAUCUUGCAGAAGCGCUCUAUUCAAUGCCACGCAACAACCAGCUAUCCUUGUCAGCGCCAAGGUCACCUACGAUGGGCAACAACGGAAUGACGUCGACGUUCAAUGCUUACACGGGUCAACUGGCGGUCAGCGUUCAGGACAACGGAAACGGUCAGUGGACAGAAGAAGACUAUGGGAGGACGCAGAGCAGUAGCGUGUCACCUCGGGGGACCGGCUACUGUUCAAACGCUUCUACCCCCCAUUCCUCCAACGGUGGUGGAUCGUACGUCGGCAAUAUGAAUGGCUACGGAGGUGCGACGCCUACUAGCACAACGUCGCAGCUCUCCAACAUGUUGCCUGGUUCACCGUCGGCAGGGAUUUUCAACACCACACCAAGAAUGAGUCUAGUCUCCUCACCUUUCGCCUCGAUGAAUCCUUUCGCUCUGCCAACUUGCAACUCGCAGGCUUAUGGUUCCCCUGCUCUAGUGGGUUCCAGCAAGUAGCCCGCGGUUUGUGAACACAGCCCUUCGAGCCAGGCCAGCCCUUUGUCGUCACCGCAUGACGUCAACAGUGCAAUAUACUCCGAAUAACGCGUACCAAAGACCUCUUGUGUAGUUAAUCGUAAUGAAAUGGGUGUUUGGAACCAGCUACGAGAAGCUGGUUGUUUGAGAUACUUUGAUUUCAAAUAUUAAUUUAAAAACUGUUCGACUUGUUGAGAUCCAAUUAUUGGUGAUGCAUUGUUGAACUCAACUGUCUUUGAACAAUGAAUUUGUGUAUGAGUUAGCUUGGAUAUCUUCCUUCACUGAUACGACAUCUAUGGGUUCAAAAAAACUCAAAGAUUGGUCAACUAUGAUAAUAGAGUCCCGACGGCAAUACGUCGUGAUGUUUCAGUUCUGAAAUUGAUACGCUAAAUGAGAAAUCGUUUUCCAUUCCCUUCUAAUGUCAACAAGAAACUGAAUGAAAGAUAGAAUUCGAUUUUUUAUUGAGCGAUUAUUGUGACAAACUGACACAUAGACUUUUUCAUCUUGGAUAAUCAAGAUAUAAGUUUCCUAUGGCAAACUUAAAUGGUGUCUCCGUGGUGGAAGAUAUGUAGGCUCAUUUAUAACUAGAUAACUUGCUUUUCAGCUUCAAAUAUAAGGAAAAAUACUUCCAAUAAUAACUUGAUAAACUUUUCGGAAUUCAAAAUAUUCACUUCAAAUCAUGGUCUCACACAGUAGGAAAUGGCAAAUUUCUGACAGAAAUCAUCGAAGGCUAAUACCACAACAAAUAUUGUAUUAUAAUCAGCAGCAGUAUCUUGCUGAAAUCAAUCCAGUAAUGUCCUUCAUACUAUUGUUAUAGUAUCACUCCUCAGUGCGGUAGUCACGUCUAGUACUGGACUGAUAUUCUCGACAUCUUACCCAUAAUAUGAAACCUCCUUCCUAGGCGGAAUACAAUUUCUGCUGCUUGAUGGUAGAGAAGCACCUAAAUUGAUUUCUUUUUAUGAGUAGUACAAUGUUCAUCGUAUGGGAUUAGUCAUCAACAGGGAUUUGCCAUAUGCAUUUAUAUUUGCAUAAUUUAUUUCAUUGGUUAAUGUAUCUCUCAUUGACACAGUCAUGAUUGAUUUAUUUUAUGUUAUUUCCAUCAAUAAAUUAUGUAACGCCUAGGCCAAUUUGUUCGGCUCAUAUAACAUUUUCCAGUCAGUUUUAUAAAAUCAGUCAAAGUAUCCGAAACUCCCAUUUUCCAAAAACCCGUACAGUGUAUACCGAAGGUUGAUUUUAAUAAUAAUGGCAAAUGUUACUCAACUUCACUGAAAUAAUUCUGAAAAUAAAUAAAUAAGAGGAUUAUCAGUUUUAAAUGGAUACUCAAUGAACUGUGAUCACUUGAUACUUAUGAGAUAACUAACAGUAAGUUCUUCCACAAAAUAUUUUGAAGCGUACGAAAAAAUAUUUUCUGGAGAAAAAAUGGUAUACGAAGUCAAAUAUGAAAAGAAAAUAUGUCAUAAUUUCCACUUGGUUUGUCCUCGUAUAUCUGUCGAUGAAUCUCGUCAUAUCUAUAUUAUAACCAAAAAUACAUAUCGCUUUAGAGCUGGGAUUUCUAAAUAACAAAAUACGAUGUAAAUAAUUGAUGAAAUGUACAAAUCUGUAAAGUAACAUGGAGGUUACACAACGACAAUUCUAUAUAUUUUGUAAAAUACCAUAUCGUAGUGAGUUUGUUUCUGUAGAACUGUAAAUAGUAGUUUAUGAAAAGCAAUGUAGCGACGAAUACAAAUCGGUUUCAUCUAUUUGAAGAAUACUACCAAGUAUACGAAUAAAUAUUCCUACACAAAAUACAAACUUUUUUAGAUACAUUUUUCAUCAAAGCAAACAAGUGACAGACUUGGUUUCAGAAUUACUCUUCGAAAUAUCCUCACGAUUAAUAUUGAGUUGGCGUGUAUAAUUUGUAAAUAGUCUCACUUACUGUUAUUUUAUUUUUCAAUAUUGUUUUUUAUUGUGUAAAGAUUUAUUUCGUUACCUAUGUGAUUUCAUCGAAGGUUUUUUUCGA